GGAGUGGAAAGUGUUUGCAGUAAUUGCGUUGCUGGGGAGUUUAUGCAGACAUGACUGCAGGGAUGUGUGUGCCACUGGUGUUUUUUCUCAGCGCUGUUGUGCUUCACUCUGUGUCAGCUGGAGGUGUGUAUUGUGCCAAAACAGCCAGAGCUCGUGCAGCUGCCCUGGGUUUGGAUUAUCCUGGAGUCCAUGGAGCCCCUUAUCUCUCUGGACCAGCUCGGCGUGGGAUGCAGCCCAGCAUGAUGCCGUUCAGACCUCAACCUUACAAGAAACUUGAUGAGACUGAACCUAACAUGGCCUCCCACAAACAAAGUCAACAACACAUGCGAUCCCUAGAUGACAGAAUACAUAAACAAACGCACUCCAGGACUUGGCAUGGCACUCGCAGUCCAGUUCAAAGUGAAUACGCCACCGCCCGAGUGCUCAGCCUUCCCAGAGGACGCUCCGUUUUUAACCGCAAGUCCAAUUUUGAGGAGGUCAAGCAUGUUGCCCGUCCAACUCUAGCUGAAUCCCCGGGCCGGCCUAACCUUGUGAAUUGGGAUCCCCGAGGUCGCAACAAGCCGCUCUCGUUUGUCCACAACGAGCACGGCAGUGUUGUUGACGAGUCUGUCCCAAAUAGACAUGACAUGUCUCUGAGUGGGCUGCCCCAAAGCAGGGGUCACGGCGCUUACCCGAGCGCUCUAACUGGAUAUGGCCGGGUAAGAGCGGUUCCUGUCCUCCGUUCAUCUGGCUUCACCAACAGAGCGAUGUCUAGCCGAAACCCUGCUGUCGGUAGACCAGAAUGGAUGGGAUUCUCUGGCCGUCUUGCUCAUCCCCUGUAGAGGUGCCUCUACAGGGGAUGUCAAACGGGUUCUUUUUUUUUUUUUUCAAGGUAACCCUGUUCCGAGACGUCUGAUAAAAAGCAAAACCAGUUAGAAUAUGUCAGUGAGCUAAAGGCUCUGACACAGAGCUUGGCUGUCUUGUCAAAUGGUGUUCCUGUGAGGAGUUGUUAAAGUUAACAGGCAAGCAUUUUGUGAAGGUUGAAGAAUGUGAUUUCAGAAUGUAUUUGUGGUUUUAUUGAAAAUAAAACAAUGUCCAACUUAUCUGUGUACAAGCUCCU